CCAAAUCAGGAGCAUAAGGUUCCGCCCCCCGAACAGCUCACUCUUUAUUGUAGCAUACGGACUCGCAGGCAGUGAUGGCGGAGAAGCGGGCGGCACGCCGUGAGGGAGAGAAGGUUUGGUGCCCGGACCCUCGCAAUGUAUGGCAGCUGGGCACUGUGGUGGAGGAUGACGGCGAGAAGUUACACGUUCUGCUGCCCGACGCCGACUCGGAGCAACAAUUUACCUUCGAGCAGGUGCAUCCAUACGAUCCAUCGCACUCAGUGAACCUGGACAAUGUGGCGGAGAUGGACAAUCUGCACGAGGCGCCGCUGCUGGAUCUACUGCGACGUCGCUAUCUCGAGGACAAGAUCUACACCUACACUGGUGACAUCCUCAUCUCUAUCAACCCGUACAAGAACAUCCCCAUGCUCUACAACUUCCCAGAACUCGACUCUAUUGGCAAACUGGACAACCCCGUGCCUCACGUCUAUUCGACGGCUCACGGAGCCUAUCAUGCAAUGAUGAAAGACGGUAAAUGUCAGUCCAUCCUCGUGUCGGGAGAGAGUGGAGCCGGCAAGACGGAGGCCUCCAAGUACAUUAUGCGGUAUCUGGCCAACAUUUCGGAGAUCGGCAAGAAGACCCCAAAGGCUCCAAAGGCGGAGAACGGUGGAUCUUCGGUGGAACAGUGUGUUCUGCAGAGUAACCCGCUACUGGAGGCAUUCGGUAACGCCAAGACUAUCCGCAACGACAACAGUAGUCGAUUCGGCAAGUUCAUCAAGAUCUAUUACCAUGCAGACGGCACCAUCUCGGGUGCUACAACGAGCCACUUCUUGCUGGAAAAGAGUCGUAUUGUCGGUAGUGCCGAAUCCGAGCGUAAUUACCACGUCUUCUACCAAUUGUGUGCUGGAUUAUCCGCAGAAGAGAAGAACGCGUUAAAAUUGAAGCCUGCGAGCGAAUUUUACUUCCUCAACCAAGGGAACUGCAUGCAGGUACCGGAAAUCAACGACAAGAAGGACUUCAAGGAGCUUGUUGAAGCCAUGGGUACAGUUGGUAUCCCGCCAGAGUUACAGCGUACUAUCUUCCGUCUCGUAGCCUGCGUCUUGCAUUUGGGUAACGUCGAGUUCACUGAGAACGCCAAGAACGAGUCCCAGAUUGCUCAUCCAGAGGACGUCACGAACUUGGCUGAGUUGAUGAUGGUGACACCGGAUGAGCUCGAGUUCGCCCUCACAAAGCGUACGAUGUCCGCUGGUGCUCGUGGCUCAGUGGCAGAAAUCGCUCUAACUGCUGUGGAGUCUGUCAAAUCGCGUAAUGGUCUGGCGAAGGACAUCUUCAGCAAGAUUUUCGACUGGCUCGUGUCCCAGAUCAACAAGUCGACGUCCAAUGUUGGCGGCAGUGCUGGAGUGGGUGCUGGCUCCAAGUUUAUUGGCAUAUUGGAUAUCUUUGGCUUCGAAAGUCUGCAAGUGAAUUCGUUCGAGCAGCUGUGUAUCAACUACACGAACGAAAUGUUGCAGCAGCAAUUCAACCAGCACGUUUUCGUGUAUGAGCAGGAGGUAUAUGUUGAAGAAGGCAUCGACUUUUCACGUUUGGAGUUUAAGGACAAUGGGCCGUGUCUUGAUCUAAUUGAUAAGAAGCCGUUGGGUAUCCUGCCUCUCUUGGAUGAACAAGGAAUGCUCGGACGACGCGCCAGUGAUGAAAACUUUAUUCAGAAACUACACCAGACGCAUCUGCCAAAGGGAAAAGUUCCGGAGGGCAGUACUAUCUACUACUCGAAGCCUCGAUUCGCCACGGACGAGUUUGUGAUCCACCACUACGCUGGAGAGGUCACGUACAAUGUCAACGGCUUUUUGGAAAAGAACGAUGAUUCUCUGCACAACGAUUUGAUCUCGUUGAUGGACAGUUCAAAGUGUGAGUUCCUGCGGAAGUUGUAUCCACUAGAUCAGGCUGGCGCAGCAUCGGGCGGUGCCAACCCGCGCAAACCCAUUCGUAAAAUGGGCAAUAAGAUGACUGGUACUAUGACUGUUGGUCGGAAAUUCCGUGAUCAGAUGGCCAACUUGAUGGUGGAACUCAAGGCUACGGCGCCUUCUUUCGUGCGUUGUGUGAAGCCAAACAACCUGCGUUUUCCGCAAGGCUGGAAUGCUGAGCUGAUUCUAAACCAGCUGAUCUACCUCGGUGUCAUGGAGACUGUGCGUAUCCGACGAUCAGGUUUCCCAGUUCGACGACUCUUUGAAGAAUUCCACGAGAAGUAUCAAAUCCUGACUCGCAACGUUCCGAAGGAGAAGCGGGCGAGCAUGACAGAGAAAGGUUAUUGCGAAGUGAUCCUUCGCUUCAUUCCUCGUGAAAACUGGCAGCUUGGACACAAGAAGGUGUUCCUUCGAGACAGUCAAUUGCGUAUCUUGGACAACGAAGCGCGCAAGAUCAUGCACGAGGCCGCUAUCGUCAUCCAAAAGCAUGUUCGUGGUCGACAGCAACGUCGAAAGUACCUGGACAUGCGCGAGAAGGCCAUUCGGAUUCAAGCCAUGACACGUAUGUACUUGGCCAAGCGUCACUACCAGCUUAUGCGUCACCGCAUCACGCUCCUUAAUGCCGUGGCAAGACAGUUUAUCCAGCGACGGAAGUACCAACGACUGCGCAAGGCAACCAUCCUCGUGCAGAGCCACGCCCGGGGCAAUGCUGCUCGCAAGUAUGCGCUUUAUCUCCGUACAGCUCCACCUGCCGCAACGAAAAUCCAAGCCCAAGUGCGACGCUACUUGGCUCGCAAACGCUUCCUCAAGCAGAAACACGCUGCAGCUAAAGUUGCGAAUGCGCGCAAGAUGCGCAGACAGCGAGCUGAGUUUUUGGAGAUGCGCAACGCAGCAAAUGUGAUUGCUUCCAGAUACAAGGGCUACGCUGCUCGCAACAAAUAUCGUGAGAUGCAGAAGGCUGCUAUCGUGUUGCACGCUGCAGGUCGUGGCUUCAAUGCUCGCCUCAAAUACGGUAAGAAGGCUCGUAUGCGCGCUGUUGCACGCAACAAAGCGCAAAUCCAGAUCGCUCGUAUAGUUCGCGGCUUCCUGGCGCGUCGUCACUUCCAGAUUUCUCGUCGACGUAUCAUUAUGAUCCAAGCUCGCGUGCGAGCGAACCGUGUUCGUACCGAAUACCUCAAGGGCCGAGAAGCUACUAUCAACUCUCAGGCUAUGAUUCGUCGUUCACUCGUGCGCCGUAAAUUCCUACGUGAGAAAAAGAUGGCUACACGCAUUGAGGCCUUUGGUAGAAUGGUGAUCUGUCGUCAGCGGUAUCUCGAUGAACGUAAGAAGAUUAUCCUUGUUCAGUCUCUCUGGCGGAUGCACCGAAUUCGCAAGGAAUACACCAAGCGGGACCGACAGGUGACACUGCUUCAAUCACUCUGGCGCUGUCAUGCACAAGCAAAGAAGUACCGCGAAACGAAGGAGAAGAUCAUCACUAUUCAAGCAUUUACACGCAUGUCACUUGAGCGUUCUCGCUACCUGAAAUUGCGGUCGGCGGCUCGUGUGGUGCAGAGCGCUGUGCGUACGUAUUUGGGUCGUCGGCAGUUCAUUCGCUUCCGUCGUGGAGUGGUGAAAACCCAAGCACUUUAUCGGGGCUACGUGCAGCGUAAGAAGUAUCGCCAAACGGUUGAGCGAAUCAUCAAGGUUCAAAGUGUCUUUCGCCAGCAGAGAGCGCAUAAACUGGCAGAUGUGCGACGUCGGUCGAUGGCUCGAGUUCUCGCUGUGGUUCGGAUCUUCCUAUCUCGUGUGCGAAUGCGGAACCGCACACAAGCGUUGUUUGAUGCCGCUAACGCCUACGACUUAACCGAGGUGCUUCAUAUUGCGCAGGAGAUGCCAGGGAUGUUACGUGUGCGUGAUCGUGACCACGAAAUGAUGUCGUUGAUCCACGUCGCAGCGAAGAAUGGAGAUCUGAACUUGGCGCGAUUCGUUCUAGAGGAAAACCCUCAACUUGAGGAUCUUGUGUAUGGAAAGGAUACUGCGGGCAGUACACCGCUGCAUUAUGCUAGUCGAUUGGCACAUUUGGACAUGGUACGGCUACUUGCGAAGGUUGCGAACCGCAACUCAACCCCUGGCGCUCAUUUCGAUUUCGGGGCUGCACGUACAAGAAGCGCUAGUAGCACGAGCAGUACUAGUGAUGACACGCCCGAGGCGAAGCUUCGAUCUGUCUCCAGCGUUAGCACAGCGUCCAUGACAACACCAUCGUCACGUUCACCAUCGAAGAGCGUGUCUAUUGGCAAUCGCAGUCCUGUGGGAGGCUUCGACCCGCGUAUGCGUGGUAUGUCCACCGCCUCGACGUCUUCGUUCUCGAUGCAGCCAACCUUCAAACCUGGUGAUCACAACGCACCCAAGCGCAAUGGUCGCCGUACUCUCGUGUCUUCCAAGACAGGAAACAACCGACGUCUGUCAUCAGCUAUCGGUGGACUUCCUCCAGUUCUCCCUACUACAGUCCAGAUCGAAGUGUACAAGGAGGGGUUCCUUCGCAAAGCGAGCGGGACUCGCUGGGCUACGAAGCGCUAUGUGAUGGUGGACGAGGUUUGUUUGUCCUACUACAAGACCGAGAAGGACAAGAUUCCGUUGAAGAUUGUCGAGCUCUGUGACGCCACAAUCAAGCGUAAUUCUGACGUGGACUGCUGUUUCGAGAUCCGGUCUCCGCGUCUUAAGAGCUCCAAGAACCCUGAUGGCAUGCUCUCAUUUGUCGCCGACACGGAACAAGAGGUGCAUGAAUGGAUGCUUGCCAUUCGCAAGGUUCAGGGCGUGCGUGUGACCACAACGAGUCCUCCCAACCACAACAUGAUCUGCAUUGACAGCGGACUGCGUCGCGACUACGUCAACAUGAAGAACAAGUUGGGCUUUACCCCGUUGCACUUGGCAGUACAGAAUGACGAAGACGAAGGAUUCGAGGCGGCCAAGGUCUGCGUCUGGCUCAUUGAGAACGGCGCUGACCCGAAUGCGAUCGAUGUGAAUGGAGACACCGCACUACACUAUGCAGUGGAGCUGGAGCGUUAUGACCUGGUUGAAACUCUCAUGAAGCGUGGCGCAGACUCAAGUAUCAAGAAUGUGAAGGGGCUUUCGGCCGUGGAUAUUGCCGAGGAGGAGGACUUGAAGGAGAUUCUCAACCCAGCGACCCAUGUCCCGAAGGUGGAGGAGAGUCCGGUUGAGCCUGAGGAACCCCAAGCGGACGGAAUGGUUCCUGUCCAGAAACUGACUCCAGUCACUCCUUCACUCUUGCCUCCACCAGACAGAUUGCACGACAGCACUUAUGUGUCUGUGUUCCUGGGCGCUAUUGCAGUGGCUACUGGUCCUAUUAUGGAGACGCCACACUUCAACCUCUACAUCAUGGACUAUAAGGGUGCGGUCGUUGACACAGCACAGCGAACUCCAAAGUCGCUUAUCCAGACCGGAGGUAACUACUGGUGGUUCGGCAACACUUGGUAUCUGCAAACACCGCUCGAGCAUCUCAAGGACGGUUGUGUGGCGGUGAUGGAGCUGCGGCAUCGAAGUCUUGUCACUCAGGAGGUUGAAGUGGGCUGCUGGACCUUUUUCCAUCUCGACUUAAGCAAGAUCACGACGGCGCCUGCCACCUUCGAAAUGUAUGCGCCUCCUGUGGAUCCACUCAGCAAGAUCCUUGCUCGUAUCCCUGGCGAUUCUUUCCUGCAGGCGGAAAUCAAUGUGUCGCUGUAAGCGAAGUAGAAGAGCGUGUCUUGUGGUGUAGCGAAGCUCGAUAAUGGAUAACAGCACCAGACGCUGUGCUUUGACAAGUAAAAACAAAAAAAGCAUCUAUUUCAGCAAAAUGAGCGUGCGUACUGGCAAUUGACAGCAGGUCUACAACACACGGCGCUUCUUGGCGGAGUUCAUGUACGGCCGCAAGACCCACUCGUUCUCCGCUUCCUUCUGGUCGAGCGUGCCAAGCUUCACCUGGUACAAUUGCAGCUCAAAGCGAGGGCCACACUCUUGAAGCUCCACCUCGCGUCCUGUCACCUUGAAGACGUGGUGACGGAACGACACAAAGUCGUUGUCGUUGGACAACGUGAUAACGCGCUUAGCAUCCGGCUUGGGCACUGGGAACAAGUGCUUCAGGAUGUUGGCAACGCGCUUUCCUAGCGGGGUCUCGAACUGGUUGAUGAUGAGGUGAGGAUACGCCUCCGAGAUCGUAGCACGGUCUUCGAUAUCGUGACGCAACACAGUGUUACUCAGCGAGAAAUAGGCCGUCGGACCGUAAGGCAAGUGGCACACCACCAGACCGUCUAAUUAGUAUAAAAAAAACACCGUCAGCACUCGGCAACAGCGUCAACUAAUCGACUUCAUUGUCGUACCUGGUUCACCACGGGUCUCCGUGACCAGUAGCAGAUCUGUAAAGUCGUUGGAUCUGGCGCUCUCCACCAACUGCAGUUGCAAUAGGGAACAGAUUAGUGAGCUAGC